AUGGCUCUUAUGGUUGUAAAACUCUGUGUGAUUCGCCUCAAAUCGACCAACUCUGUACACCGAUUCAAAGACUUCGAGUUGGGCUUAGCGACCAAUGAAGAUGAUAACAACCAGGAGGCAAAUGAGGUUUUUCAGGAAAACGAGCCAAUGUCUGAAGCAAACCAGCAAAUGGAGAAGGCCAUCAAAGCUAUGAAAAGCUUAAAAGACAAUGUUGAGGAUUUUAGUAACGACAAGAUCUUCGACAUGGUCAGAACUGAUUCAAGGAGUAUUGAAAGACUAUCGAAGGUGAGGUUCAUAGACUAUUGUGGAGAGAAAAUGUUGAACAGUGAGGUCUUGGACCAAUCAACUAGACGGUUACAUGCCCAUUACUUCAAGCUCUAUAAUCGAGCUCUCGCUGUACAAGCCAUGGCACAAGGCGCUGUGAAUGGAUCAAAGGGUAUCAGAGAAGUUCAGGAUCGCCACUCCUCGGGUCUCAUCAAAAUUGGUGGUGUCGUAAUGGUCAGAGACUAUUUUUUCGGAUGUAAACACGAUAUGGAAUUCGAUGGCUUGAUUCCCGGUGAAUUGUUGAAAGUAGCUAAAUUUUACAUCAAGUCUAGAACUUGUGAAGAUGCUGUCAUAACUGCAGAAGAAUUCGGCAAUAUUUGCGAGCAAGGACCAUCUUACACACCACCAAAACCCCUCAUGUCAGAGGAGCAUUUGAUGAAGAAAGGGCUCAUUUCGCCUUGUCCUUCUCUUGAACCUGGAGUAGUGACUUCAGAAGACUCCUUGUACCCAUACAUAUGGUGCUCCGGGGUUCAUCUCAAGUCAAGGGUCUGUCGUAACAAUGAAACAGGCGAGGUUGAGAUUGUGCCCAGUGGAUGUGGAUCCACUGAGUACUUCGAAAGUUUGAGGGACUUUCCAUUGUGCUCUGUUACGGUAGGAUUUGACGUACCUAAGCAGGUGUCACCGUUCCUCAAACCCCUGGCUGUCGAUGUCGAGGGGUCUUCAUUCGAGACCCGUGUCUCUAAAGAAAAGAGAUGUUCUUCAAAAGAGACCAGGGACGAUUCGUCCAGAAGUAUUGUUUCGUCAGGAAGCAAGACUAGGGAUUCGUUAGAAUCCUCCGAUCAAACAUCGGAGGUCGAUUAUAAGCGUUAA